AUGGAUCAGAGGUUAGAGAAAUUAGAACAAAUGGAAAAGGAGAUGCAGGAGCAACUGCAAGCUCAGAUGCAAGAACAGCUGGCUAGGAUCCAGCAUGAGAUGAGGGAUCAAUUGCUGGAGUCCCAGAAAAACAUGCUGGAGUCACAGAACAACAUGAUGAGCCAGCUGACACAGCUGCUGAAGGGAGGGUCUGACAAAGGAAAGGGCCCUAUAGGUGAUACUGGGAAUGACAACGAUGACUCUGCUUGUCCUACAAGCUUUACCCUAGUAAAUAUUCAAACACAGCCACUAAAGGUGUCUGUUAAUGUUAAACCUCUGUAUCAAGCCGGCAUUUCGGCACCGGUAAACUUUCCAACGGGCUCGUGCUCUAACCCUGGAGACAAUGUGGCAAAUCCCACGAUCCCUGAUUUUGAUGAGGUUGAAGGGGAAAAAGAACUCAGUUUGGUCCCGGACUUAGUACUUCCUCCGAAGUUCAAGAUGCCAGAAUUUGAAAGAUAUAAUGGAACCAGCUGCCCUGAGGCUCACAUUACAAUGUUCUGCCGAAGAAUGACGGGAUAUGUCAACAAUGACCAAUUAUUGAUUCACUGUUUUCAGGAUAGUUUGACUGGGGCCGUAGCCAAAUGGUACAAUCAGUUGAGUCGUGCUCAGGUCAAAUCAUGGAAGGAUUUGGCACAGGCCUUCAUGAAACAGUAUGACCAUGUGACCGAUAUAGCGCCUAACAGGAUUACAUUACAGAACAUGGAGAAAAGGUCAGGUGAAAGCUUCAAGAAAUACGCCCAGAGGUGGAGGGAAGUCGCUAAGCAAGUCCAACCACCACUGCUGGAAAAAGAAACGACUAUGCUAUUUAUUAAUACCUUGAAGGCACCUUUCAUUAAUCAUAUGUUGGGGACCGCGACUAAGAGUUUCGCAGACAUAGUGAUGUCUGGUGAAAUGAUAGAAAAUGUAAUAAGGUGCGGGAAGAUAGAAACGAGGGAAAGCACGAGAGGGUCAGCCCUAAAGAAAAAGGAAAGCAAGGUAAGCAAUGUGAGCUCAGGCUAUUCAAAACCUAUCACCAUUAAUCAAUCGAGAACGGUAGUCAAAGGCCAGCAAGUUGCACCAAGGCAGGAGCCCAGCGCAAAGAGAAAUACGGAGAUGAUACAGUUUACCCCUAUCCCAGUGACAUAUAAAAAGCUAUACAAAAGAUUAUUUGAUGCACAUGUUGUAGCACCGUUCUACUCAAAACCCGUGCAACCUCCAUACCCUAAGUGGUACAAUGAAAAUACCCAAUGCGAAUACCACGCGGGAAUCACAGGGCAGUCGAUAGAAAAUUACAUCCCUUUUAAGAAGUUAGUCGAAAGGCUCGUUGAAAUGGGUAUUGUAAAGUUCGACAACAAGUCUGGCGUAGAAAAUUUGUUACCCAACCAUGCUGAUGAGAGGGUAAACGCAAUAAUCAAUGAUGCGGAGAAGAAUUUGAUAGGCAUUCACCUUUGCAUACUUGGGAGUGUUUUAAACGAUGGGACGGUGGAAGAGAUCCCUGUGUCUCCAGAUAUCAAUGAUAUGAGUGACACUGUUACUAACUUAGAAUCUCCUUUUGAGCGAGAUAUGUGUUUAGUGGGACCUCAUGUGACAUCCCUAAUUUGA